UCGGGACAAAUGGAGGCGGCGCGGAGGCCGCGGAUGGGGUUGCGCCGCCGGAGGCCGUCCUCGGGGGGCGGGGGCGGCGCGGGGCCCCUCCCGGGGGACGGCGGCGAGUGCGCGCUGCCGUGGGCGGAGCUGCUGCGCGCUUGCAGCGCGGAUCUGAACCCCGACGGAGAGCUGCCGCCGCUGCCCGCCUUCCCGGGCCCGGAGUCCGGGCAGGAGCGCGAGCGCGCCGCGUCUCCCGAGGUGUUCAGCGUGGGCCCCCACACCUUCCCCUGGACGCCCUUCCCACCGGCCCCGAGCGGAGGUGGGGGCCCGGGCUGUUCCUACAAGCUGCUCCUUGGGGCCAGGGAGCGCCCGGGGUCCCCCGCCCGGUCCCCGCACCGACGCCUGGAGCCCGAGCCCCUGGGGACCCCGGGCGCCAGGGAGCAGCGGCAGCAGCAGCGACGGGAGGCGGCGCCGACCCUGCGGAGCUGCCCCAUGUGCCAGGUCGACUUCGGCCCCAGGCUGGCCCAGCUGGACAUCGACAGCCACCUGGCUCAGUGCCUGGCAGAGAGUGCAGAGGACGUGGUGUGGUGAACCGAUGGCCACGUGGGCCCGGCCGGCUGUGGCUCCACGUGCCCGAACCGUGUCCUCUCUGCUCUGAAAGCUGCAGAUUAAAAAACGUUUUCUCGUGGACUGAUGCUGUAAGUCUGUUCGUAUCGAAGUCGAAACAUGGGAUCUUUUCUCGUUCCCACUUCGUGGAGCGGGGCGCUUUCCUGCCGUCAGAGGUGGGCGGAGCCCCCCACAAGCAAACUGGGCGCGUCCCGAAGUCGGCCACGGCCAGAUGGAUAGGUGGGGGGCAGCGCGCUCGUCGCCUCUGUGGACUCCACUCACACUGUGUUCCGAUUCCCCGGGUGAACUUGUUCCUUACACGGCGCGGGACCACUGCAGGCUGAAGACAGUCACUGCGAGGCACCCUGGACCCCGCUGACCCUGCUGUCCCCUCCGGCAGUAGGCAGGCCUGUCUGCUGGAAUGUUCCGCCUCAGCCCUGUGUCGUUCGGGCUUCCAGGACAAGUGGAAGAUGGGGCACAAGACUGUCUGUAGGUAGUUUUCCUUCCAUUGCUGGCAGCCCGCAGAUUCUGGAAAAGCCGGUCUCCGGUGACACCCUCAUCCCCACCACAGCCACGUGGCUGCAGAGCCUGGCAGCGGGAACGGAUCACACAAGCCGUGAGAGGACCGUGGAGGGACCAGGCGACCGACGCCCCCCUGGAAAGACUACGCGCUGCAGCGCCCCCAGCUGUAGGCGCUUCUGGGAAGGGCAAAACUAGAGACCGUAAAAGGUCACAGGUAGUGGAGGACGGGGGAGGGGCACGGAUCGGGGAGGGGACUCUUGGGGCCGUGAAGCCACUUUGCGUGGGCUGAGGUGUUAGAUACGUGUCAUCAAACGUUCUGUGCAAAGCCACGUGAUGGACAAUGUGGCACCCUGCAGAUAGGGCCGUGUCCCUGCAGCCUCUCGGAGGGGGUGGGGUCCGUGGGGGUCUCUGCAGCUGCCCCGCCACUUUCAUGGGAACCUGAAAGUGCUCUAAAUAAAGUCUGUUUUUAAAAA